ACACACAAAAUGUGUUUGUCAACAAUCCUGAAGUAUAGUCCAAAAGCCUUGCAGAGAAUUAAAAACUUAAUCAAAGGGAGAGAUGCUUUCAUAGUCUCAGGGAUGCCACAUAAAGAUGACCUUGCAGUGGCUGAUGACCUCGGUGUCCCUGUUCUAAGCCCAGAGCCUGAUGCUGCUCAUCUUGCAGGCAUUGACAUUCCUCCAAGUGAAUCUGACAUUUACAGUUUAGAUCAGCUCUGCGAGAGCCUUGCUCAGCUUGUGACAGAAAAUCUGAAUGUGCAGAGGUGGCUUUUCAAGCUCAAUGAUGAAUUUGAUGGUCGUGGUAUUGCUUUUUGUGACCUACCAAAAUAUUUACAUUGUUAUAAGUGGGCAUUAAAGGAGGAGCAAAGAUACGGUGACAACAGCAUAUGUCAAAAUCCUGCUGAAAUUCCAGACAUUUUGCAAAACUAUGCACAGCCAGUCAACAGCAAGAUGUUUCCCACUUGGGAUCAGUUCCUACAGGCAUUUUUAUCUCAAGGUGGUGUAAUAGAAGCCUGUCCCCCAUCAGAAAACAUCACUACACUCACAGCAGACUUGCUGAUUGAACCCUCUGGCGCUGUGAACCUGCUGACCUGUGGGGACCAGAUUCAUGCAGACAGCCAGUUCUCAUGCUGGGGAUUAUCAUUUCCACAGUCAUCCAUUGAGCCGUCCGCACUUAAUGUCACAUGCCAAAGAAUAGCUGAUGUGUGCAAGUCAAAUGGAAUUGUUGGAUACUUGAAAAUAGAUUUUGUAACUUUUAUUCACCCAAAAACGAUGGUCCAGCAGCUGUGGGCCUUAGAUUUGAGCUUACACUACAGUGACCAUCUGGCCAUGUUCAGACUGAUGGAGUAUGUGACUCAUGGCACCUUCCAUCCCAAGACUCAUGUCUUUGAGGUGACACUGCCCACAAAAGAGAACAAGUCCAGCAGACGGAGGCUGACUGAACAAAGCACACCCAGCAAAACACGCUAUGCUGUGAUGAGCACUCGUCUGAUGCACUCCAACCUGGCUGUGAUUCAUUACAGUGUCUUCUUUCAGAUGUGUAGGGCGCACGGUAUUGGAUAUGAUAUUAAGGACAAAUCAGGUACAGCAUUCACUCUCAUUGACAGUUUCAACCGAGAAAGACUUGGAAUGCUAACCAUUGGAGAGGAUUUACAGGGUGCUCUAGCAACAUUUGUCAGAAAUUUGUUCAUCAUUCACCAGGAAAUAUCUACGCCGAACAUGCAAGGAGUGACAAACUUCCAGGCUGCAAUAGCUGACAUUGAACACAUUCUUGGGACUACAGUGGAGAAUGCUGAAGCAGACCAGGAUGUUCAGACGACUCAGUAA